AUGGCCUUGAUAUCAAGGAAAGCGCUCAAUGUGGCGGUCCCGAUAGCAACUCCUGAAGAAGAAUGCAGGCGUAUAGGAAUGGUGAGUUCUUGUAAUGGUUUAGUCUGUUUAUAUUGUGGGUGGAGGGUUUAUAUGUUAUGGAAUCCUGCUACUACAGAAAACAAGAUUCUGCCUACGCUUCUCAUCGAUGAUCCCACCUUCUGGAAUAAAGAGAUAAUGAGAGUCUCCAUAGGAUUUGGCUACCAUUGUAAUGAUUACAAGGUGGUGAGGAUUGUGUAUUGUAGUGAUUGUGCAGACGUUGAGGUGUACUCGACGAGUAGGGGUUGUUGGAGAGUGAUCGAUUCCAUUGUGCCAUGUGAGAGCAAGAAGCGUACGUGUUUGGUGCUUGUGCCCCCAGAUCCUGACCGUUCUUACAAGAGUCUUGGGGUAUUCAAUGGAUCCCUAGCUAUAAUCUACUAUCCUUGCCCUGAAGAUUCAGUUAGCAAUUUCAUUGAUUUUUGGGUGAUGAAAGAUGACGAAAGUUGGAGCAAAGUAGUGAGGAUUGGACCCUUUAAGGUAUGGGAUUCCCACUCGGGUGUUGGGAAGAUGGGGUUGUCAUAUGGAAGCAGGGCGAUUACGGAAGGUUGUUAG